AUGACUAUAUUGGAACUUCAUAUUGGAAAUGAGAAUAACAUGUCAUUGGAAUAUCUAACCAAUGUAUUUUCAGGAACCUUGAAAGUGAGGAUAUCUUCAACUAGCCAACCCCUAAUUGCACCUCAAUCUAAUUCUCAGCCACCACAUCAAUCUUUUCCUGUAUCUGAACCAACAAUACCAACUACAUCACAUUCAUAUUCUGAAAAUGAAGAGGAAGAAAAUGAGAAGACUGAGUUGCAAGUAGAUGAACAAAGGCUUGCAACCCGAAAAAGAGCAUGGUUUGUUAAUGUGAUUGAUGAUCAAGGAAAGAGAAUUACAAAACAACUACGAACCAAUGAUGUGUGGCAUUUACCUCCUAAUGAAAGGAUUGUUGUGCAGUGGAAUAAUGAGGUUCAACCAAUUGCAGAUGGUGGAGCAUUAAUGAAUAGGUUCUUAGCUAGCAUUGCAAGAAACUCUAAUUCUCUUCCCAUUAGCUAUUCUAGUUGGAAGAAGAUUCCUAAAGAUUAUAAAAAAGAUGCUAAGUUUGAUGUCCAUUUCGAUGUUCAUAUAAGCCACAUCCUCAAAUCACUUAACAUAAAGUGGAGAGACCACCGACAAGAAUUAUGGCAACUUAGAAAUGAAGGAACACAUACUAGAGAUGAAUUGAUUGCAAUGGCUUCAGCAGGAAUAAAUAGAGAUCAUUGGGCUUCUUUUGUGGAUUAUCGACUAAAUUCAAAAACGAAGGAGCAUGCUCUAAAAAAUAAAGAUAAUCGGGCAAAGCAAACCAUUGCUCACACAUGUGGAUCUAAGAGCAUUGCAAGGAAAAGAGAUGAAAUGGUGACAAUACUACAUAUCUUAAUGUGA